AACUUUCGACAUCGCAAUUCCCCGCCUUGUCUCCCUCGUGAAGGCACUCAGGACAGAAUGGUCGACGUGCUUCUUCGAUUUCUGCGGCAUUCUCUGCCAGAUGAGCUCGCCUCCGCGCUCUCAGAAACGCUGCAGCACCUGCAGGACGGGAACUUCUCGGCCGUUUUCCAGCACCCUGAAGUGCAGCUCUUGCUAGGCCACGAGGAAAACUACGCCACGAAGGAUGUUCAUGUGAAGGAUUUUCCCGUCUGGAGCGACUAUGUAUUCCACAGGCUCGGAUUACUACUUUCGAAGAGGGAGAGCGAGGAGGGCGAAGAGUUGGGAAUCAAGGACUUGCCCGCGUAUCGUCAGCAUCUUUUUCUCCUAGUCGCCAUCGCAUCACUAUAUGCAUUUGUGCAGUCGAAUGUAACGGGUCCGCCGCUGCCAUUCAACUCUGCACAGGUCAUUUUCCCGAGAGAAAUCUCUUCUGAUUCUGCAACGCUGGCUAGAGCAAGAGAAAAGCUUGUUGCUUCCUUGGCUGUAGACGGUAUUGCGGCGUACAAGCUCACGCCGAAUGUGGAGUUGCUGUGUUUGGCCGAGACCAUCUUGAUAUGCCCGCCUAUCCAGAAGAAUGUUGGUCCUGCCUCAGCAUGGGCAAGACUGAGGGUCGAAUUCAUGCAUCAGCGGCUGCUGUCCGAAGUGGCACCUUCACUGCAAGAAUCCAUCUACGGCGGGCUGGAGGCGCUGGAGGGGGCUCUUCUGGAUUCUGAUGCGAAGGCGAAGAUUCCGGAUCUGCCCGUGCAUUAUCUGCUCGAACGGUCGGCCAUCCAUACACAUCAUGGGUUGGACAAGAAAGCACGGGCGGACCUGGACCGAGCAGCUGCAGAGCGCAAAUUCGAAUAUGUCUUAACCGGUCUGAUGGGCAAGAGGACCAAAUUCCAGCAGAAAGACACCAGUCAGCUACUCGUCCUAGCAAAGAGCCAUGGCACGGAGGCAACCACAUCAGCGGAUGAGGCUUCCGUCAACAAGCCCAAGAACCUGGAGCUCAAUGACGAUACCCUGCUAGAGAAUAUAUCCUUUACUCAGGAUCUCUCCUCGUCUGACGGCGCCGCCAAACAAGACUCCUCAUCCCCCCUCCCUGCCAGUCUCGCCUCGUUGGAUCCUUCCAAUCAACCGCUUCUCGACCCACUGGACUCCGUCAUCCUCCUCUCCCUCGCCUCCAGCAUCACCAACACGAACCCUGCAGAUGGCCUGACGAGAGAAGAAACUCUUCCCUACGCUACUCGUGUCCUCGAAGGCGGUAGCUCCAACUGGCAAGUCUAUACUCAGGCCUUGUUGGUGAGAAGUCGCAUUGAGGGGUACAAAUCCCGCACAAUGGAGCGAGGACUGCUUCAAUUGCAAGCACUGGUCGACCAGGUCAUUGCGGAGACUACAUCUACACCGGAUGGCGCUGUCUCCUCGUCCGACACCAACGGCACUUCCACGGACACUUCCGGACCAGUCACCUCGUUCCUCCCAAAAGCCAAACCAGAAGAAUCAGCGCCCGUCCAAGAUCGCCUCGCAUACGUCUUCUCCCUUUCCACUCCUACACGAUGGGAUAUUGAGGCCGAGCUGGCCGCUCGCUGGGUCAGUGUGGGUGGUCUGCGCUCCGCCCUGGAAAUCUACGAGCGCCUGGAGAUGUGGGCCGAAGCCGCCCUCUGCUGGGCCGCUACGGACAAGGAAGAGAAAGCCAAACAGAUUGUCCGGAGGCAGCUCUUCCAUGCCACUGCCGGCGCAGAGAAGGAUGACGUCGCAGAUGUCGAGGAGGAGAAGUGGGAGGGUCCAGAGCGGGAUCCGCCUCCCGCUGAAGCGCCGCGCCUGUACUGCAUCCUGGGCGAUAUCGAUCGCGAUUUGAGCAUGUACGAAAAGGCAUGGGAGGUAUCCGGGCGGCGGUACGCCCGCGCCCAACGCUCGCUGGGAAGACAGUACUUUGCGCAGAGGGAGUAUGAGAAGGCGGCCGAGGCGUAUGCGCUCAGUCUGAAGAUCAACGCGCUUAGUCACCCGAGCUGGUUUGCGUUGGGGUGCGCGUAUCUGGAGCUGCAACGGUUCAAGGAUGCGGUGGAGGCGUUUUCGCGCUGUGUCCAGCUCGACGAUGAGGAUGCGGAGGCAUGGAGUAAUCUCGCGGCUGCGCUGCUGCAUCUUCGGCCGAAGAAGAAGGCAGCAACUGAGGAAACGGAGGGUAAGUCGCGAGAGAAGGAAGAGGGAGAAGAACGUCCAACCACGGAGGAAAAAGAAGAGCAGACAAUCACGCCUCACCCGCGACGUGACGCCCUCCGAGCCUUCAAGCGCGCUGCGAACCUCAAGCACGACAACGCGCGCAUCUGGUCCAACGUGCUCGCCGUGGCGGCAUCCACCAACCCCCCAAGCUGGCAGGAUGUCAUCACCGCGCAACGUCGCAUCUGCGAGUUGCAAGGCCCGACGGAGGGGGAAAAGUGCAUCGACGUCGAGAUCCUCGACAUGCUGGUCAUGCACGCCGUCAACGAGGUGCGAGAGCAGCAGCAGCAGCAAGGACAGCAGCAGGAAAGCUUGGAAGCUGUCAUGAGCCGCCCCGGUUUGCCCCGUCUGGUGCAGGAGCUGGUGGAGAAGUCCAUCAAGCCGCUCAUUACAGCUUCACCGAAACUGUGGACCAUACUUGCUACGCUGUACUUGCACACGAAUCGUCCGUCGUCGGCGCUGGAGGCCCACGAGAAGGCGUGGCGAGCCGUGACGUCGCAGCCCAAGUGGGAGAGUGCGGGCGAAGCAUCAUGGAACGCGGUCGUGGACCAGACGAUCGAUUUGGUGGAUGCGUACGAGUCGUUGGGGCCGAGGGAGCGGACAGAGGGUCUGGCGGCGGGAACUGGGGAGCUGGUGGCCAAGGAUUGGAAGUUCAAGGCGAGGAGCGCGAUUAGGAGCGUCAUGGGGAAGGGGAAGGAGGGGUGGGAGGACAGUGGGGGGUGGGAGAGGCUCAAAGAGAGGAUGGAGGAGUUGAAAGGGGGUAAUUGA